AAAUGUCUGACCAGAAAAAUAUUGUACACAGAGCCCAUUGUAUUGAAAAACUCCUGUCUGAGAACACUUUCCAGGAUAUUGAGGAUCAUCUUAAAGAACUUGAAGAUGUUGAUAUGACUACAGAGUAUCUUCAGAGGACGGGAGUUGCCAAGGCUGUAUACAGAGUACUCAAGAGCUGCCCUUCAGCAAAGUUAAAAAAGAAAGCAAAGCUGUUACUGUCAAGGUGGAAAGCACUUUACAAGAAUAACUGUGUUCGAUCAAUCCAAGUUAAAAAGUCAGAUUUUGUGUAUGUGAAAAAGGAAAUUGAACAUCUUAGCGUGGUUCCUAGAGAACAAUCACUGUCUGAAGGACCAUGUCAGCAGGAGGCAUUAGAUGCUUCUAGUUCUAAAAUGUUGGUCCUGUCACAAACUGUUAAAAAUGAAGUACAUAACGAGGCAGAAGGCAGCAUGAAUCAGCUUUCUUCUUUUGAGGAAUAUCACACUGACAAUGAAGAUUCUAAACUUCUUCUUAACCAAGCAAGUCCGCAGCAGGAUCCAGUGAGAGCUCUGAGGUGUAAAUGUACGGAUCUUCUUUAUAAAUCUUUGACUGGUUCUGCCAAAGACAAAGAAGAAACUGAUAAAUGGCUAGAGCUAGCUAAAGAAAUCGAAGAACGUAUUUUUGAUGUUCAUGCUAAAAAUGACAAGAAGUAUAAAAAUUGCAUCAGAAGCAAAAUCGCUAACCUGAAGAACCCUAAAAGUUGCCACUUAAAACAUAACCUUUUUUCAGGGACUUUGAGUCCAAAGGCUUUUGCUGAGAUGACAGUGAUGGAAAUGGCCAGCGAUGAACUGAAACAGCUGAGGGCUCUGUACACUGAAUCAUCUGUUCGGGAACAUCAGCUUCCACAAGUUAUUAAUGGCACACAGACAAACAAAAUAAAGUGUAGGCAUUGUGAAAAAUUUGAUUGCACUGUCACUAUGAUCACCAGAGGAACUCUCUUUCUUCCAGGUUGGGUGAGAAACACAAAUCCAGAUGAACAAAUGUUGACUUACGUUAUUUGUAAUGAAUGUGGAGAACAGUGGUAUCACAGCAGAUGGAUUUGUUUGUAAUGCCAUCCCUCUUUAAUAAGCAGUUUAGAAAAAGAUGUGAGACAUUAUCUCAGUUGAAACUGUGUAAUGUAGUAUUUCUGUGUUGAUACUAUUUAGUUACUGCCAGUAAAAAUUGAAAAAAACAGUUUUUAAAAAUUACUGAGUUUUUUUUUAAGAUAACUUGAAUAAAUAUAUGUGGUUUUAAGUAAUGUCAAUAUGUAAAGAAAUAAAGGGAAAAAAUAGUAACAGUGUAUCUGAGAAUGGAAUAUUCACUGGUAAAUCCAUUAAAAAUAUUCCA